AUUGGAUACUAAAAAAGAAUAGACAGAAAGCAAGAGAAGCGGAGGAAUUAGUAUAAAAAUGGAAGCUGAGGCAGCAGUAGCAGCAAAGGUCAUAGUGUCAGUAUUGUUGGGUGGGUUUUUGGUCUUGUUUUUAUACCUCUGUGAACUAGUGUUAUUGAGGCCUAGAGGGCUAAGAUCAAAGCUUGGGAAGCAAGGAAUUAGAGGGCCUCCUCCUUCGUUUCUCUUAGGGAACCUCUCUGCAAUAAAGAGGCUGCAAAGCAAGGGCCAUUCAACAGCAACAAAGACUGCUGAUCCAACAAAACUCCAUCAUGAUGGUGAUGUAGCUUCUAUUGAUCAUGAAUGGCAUUCAAAAAUCUUCCCCUACAUAGAGCAGUGGCGAAAUGAAUAUGGGCAAAUAUUUAUGUAUGCAAGUGCACACCUACAACAAUUAUGCAUCACAGAUGUAGAGGUGGUGAAGGAAAUUGGUCUAUGCAAGUCUCUAAACUUAGGGAAGGCUUCUUUAACUUCGAAGGUUGUUGGGCCACUAUUGGGCGAAGGCCUUUUAUCAUCGAAUGGCGUAAUUUGGGCCCAUCAAAGGGGAAUUAUUGCUCCCGAGCUAUAUCUUGAUAAGGUUAAGGGCAUGGUGGACCUAAUAGUGGACUCUACAACCUCAAUGCUAAGAAGUUGGGAAGAUGAAAUCGACAGCAAGGGAGGAAUUGCAGAAAUUAAAGUUGAUAAGUAUUUGAGAAACUUAGCUGCAGAUAUAAUUUCAAGAGCUUGUUUUAAUAACAGAUAUGAUCAAGUCGAAGAUAUCUUCAAUAAACUUAGGGCUCUGCAAAAAGUUUUGACAAAGGGAAUCAUGUCGCUUCCGGGUUUGAGAUUGCUGCCUACAAAAGACAAUAGAGAAACAUGGAGAUUAGAGAAGGAAGCUGAGUCAAUUAUAUUAAAGCUAGUAAAACAACGUAUUGAAGCUUCAGGUGAGGAAGAUUUAUUCCAAAUGCUUCUUGCCGGUGCUGUGGAUUCCAAAGGCCUAUCGCAGAAGAAGUUCAUUGUCGAUAACUGCAAGACUAUAUUCUUUGCUGGCCAUGAGACCACUGCCAUUGCAGCAUCAUGGAGCUUGAUGUUACUAGCUGCACAUCCAUAUUGGCAAGCUCGUGCUCGUGCUGAGGUGCUCGAAAUCUGCGGGGAUAAUCCUCUAGACGGAGAUAUGCUUCGAAGCAUGAAAGUGCUGAAAAUGGUGAUUCAGGAGGUGUUGCGUCUUUACCCGCCUGCAUUCUUUGUAACUAGAGAGGCCUUUGAAACUGUCACACUCAAGAACAUUGUGAUUCCAAAGGGUGUGAUCCUUCAAAUACCAAUCCCCUUUUUACAGCACAACCCUGACAUAUGGGGGCCGGAUGCGCAUGAGUUCAACCCGGAAAGAUUUGCCAAUGGAACUUUUCAGGCUUGUCGGUCUCCGCAGGCUUACAUGCCAUUCGGAACAGGUCCUCGUAUCUGUGUUGGCCAACAUUUAGUUAUGACGGAACUUAAGGUGCUUCUUGCUUCAGUUCUAUCAAAGUUCUGCUUCUCCCUCUCACCAGCGUACCAGCACGCUCCUCUUUUUAGUUUGGUUACUGAACCUGGGCAUGGUGUUAUUCUCCAUGUCAGGAAAGUGUAAUGUUGUGAAGUUUCAGAAGCGCUGGGGCUCCUAUGUUAAAUUUGUUCUGUAUCUGCAAAUAAUGUUUCAUAGAAUUGCAGGAAACAAUAUGCUGCUAAAUAUGUAAUCUAUGUCAGUGAUCUAUCCCAACAUGUUUUGUAAAAUAUUU